AAUGACUGAUUUCUCAUGGCGCUUGUAUAUUUCGGGCACAAGUUUCCUAGGCUGGUUUUAUACAAAAAUACACAUUUAUUUAGGACUAGUGGCAUUUAUUUAAACAAGUCGCUCUUUUUAUGUUGCAGGUUGGACGACGAGAAGUUGGACCUGAUCAAUAACACUAUUUUACCUGAAGCUGUACAUUUUUGGGAACGAGCACUCAUGGUCCGCGAGACGAAAAGCACCAUUAGAUUGAGCAGAAAAUGUGAAAGCAAUCAGGUGUUCGUGAAAGAUCAUCACACGCACUGCAUAGAUACUUGUCGCCCUACUACAAUGUGCGGCGAAGUGGUCGUACCCGAAAAUCAUCUCGAUGUUUGUAGAACGUGUAACGCAACGGGACAUAAUUGCGGCAUAGCGGAAGGCAGCAAAGCAGGACCUGGAAUAGAUGGUGCCGAUUUUGUUUUCUAUGUGUCCGCGAUGCAAACCGAGAGAUGCCAUAAAGGAUUAACUGUGGCUUACGCUGCGCACUGCCAACAAGAAGCAGCAUUAGACAGGCCAAUAGCUGGUCACGCUAAUCUGUGUCCGAAAAGUAUCAGCACGAAACCCCAAGAACUAGAAAACUUCUUAAGUACCGUGAAGCACGAGAUAUUGCACGCGUUGGGAUUUUCCGUAAGCCUAUACGCCUUCUAUCGAGAUGAGAAUGGAGAUCCGAGAACUCCAAGAAGGAGUGAUACGGGUAAACCACAGUUAAACGAAAAAUUACAAACGCAUCAGUGGAGUGAGAAUACGAUCAAGACUAUAGUCAGGCCGCACUGGCAAGUGCACGGUGGCUAUGUGGAAAGGUCAAUGCAAAUGAUAGUCACGCCUAGAGUUCGCGCUGAAGUUCAGGCUCACUUCAAUUGCCCGGAACUGGAAGGCGCAGAGCUGGAAGACCAAGGGGAGGAUGGCACGGCACUGACGCAUUGGGAAAAACGUGUGUUCGAGAACGAAGCAAUGACGGGGACGCAUACACAAAAUCCAGUUUAUUCGAGAAUAACUUUGGCACUUAUGGAAGAUACUGGUUGGUACAGUGCUAACUAUUCGAUGGCACAAGAAUUGGGUUGGGGUAGAAACCUCGGUUGCGACUUCUCGAUGAAGUCGUGCAAGGAAUGGAUAUCAACGAAAUCGUCCAGACUGUCUGGGAAAUCUAUACACCCGUUUUGCAAUAAAGUGAAACAAGACCCACUGCAAACCGAGUGUACCGAUGACCGACGAUCAGUAGCGUUGUGCAACCUAAUUGUAUAUCCGCAACCACUACCUAAAAAAUAUCAGAAUUUCGAUUUCAUUCCUCAUGUGCCAGCUGGAGAUGAACAAUAUUACGGUGGUUCGGUGUCUUUGGCAGAUUAUUGUCCGUAUAUACAAGAAUUUGCUUGGAGAGCUCAAAACAUAGUAGUGCGAGGCUCUCACUGCCUUUACGAAGAGAACAAUCCACAUCCAGACAAGAAUUUCGCUUUAGAAAAGUAUGGUUUGCAUUCACGAUGCUUCGAUCAUACGAAUCAGAUGUGGGAGGAAAGAACGUGCAAUCAGGCUCGACAAUGGCGGCAUUGGGGUUCUGGCUGUUACCAGUACAAAUGCGAGGCCGGCAGACUGCAUAUUAUGGUUGCAAAUUACACUUAUACGUGCUACCAUGCUGGUCAAGAAAUUGCCAUUAGGAUAAUAGAGAACGGUUGGCUUCACAAAGGUGCCCUAAUCUGCCCUCCAUGUAAAGACAUUUGUCAGGCGGAAUUGAAAGAGAAGCACGAAUCCUGUAAGCCAGGCGAUGAGCAUCCACCCGCCACAUACUAUCACAGAGACAAUUUGUAUUGCGCGUCCGCAGGAACAUUCGGGAAUUUGUCGCCAUUCACCGUUCUAAUUUAUCUCUUCGUUUUUAGAUGAUGUGUAAUCAAUUCUAGGUGAUAUUUUUUUACAUUAUAAUAUUAAAGGUAGGUUGACGGGUUUUAAUGAAAUUGCCACUGAAACGUCGUUUCAAAACCCUUCGUAAUGAUUAUGAAGAGUCUGUUUAACGACGUGUAAAUAUAAAUUAUCGUUGGAACCAAGUAAUUGCGUAAUGCGGAUAUCAACCGAGGUGACAAUUCCAUUUUAGUAACUAAUGGCAAACAAUUUUAUCGAUCGUUUGUAUAAAAUUUAAUGAACAGUAAUGUUCGUUGCAUAUGAAAUAUGUUACAUGCACCGUUACUGUUCUUCAUAUAUUUCACGCUUUACAUCUAUGGCACACAGUUCCAUAACUAUAUUGAUCGAUUUGACAAGGCAUUUUUUUAGUGCCAACAAUAACGAGUAUAUAAAGGCUGAUCUAUUUUGAUGUAUUUGUUUAUCCUAGAAAAUAUGUUAAAUACGAAAAGAAAUUUAAAAAUUCGGAAGAAAUCAUUUUUCUUGGUUAAAGGAAAAUGAAAUAUAUUUUUAUAUAAUAAAUGAACAGUGUAAUAAACUGAAAACCGUUUUUAGAAUCUGAGAUACAAUUUGUAAGGUGUAGGAAAAAAGAUCACUUGUAUACGUGAAUGUUUUAAAAUUAAAUAUAGAUGAGUAAACAAUUACAAUAAAGAUAAGCGAAGGUUCAUUUUUAAUUAUCUGUGAAAAAUUCUUAAAGAGUCGUAAAUUUCUCUCAAUUUAGCAUAUAUUCUGAGAUAAAGUUACGCGGUAUUGAAAAUAGAUCAUCCUGUACAUAUAUGAUUGAUUAAGCAUGUCGCCUUUUUUGUUACUACUUUUUAAUGUUAAUUCAUAAUGCAAACGUAUAUCCAGUAUAGUAAAUAUAUUAUUUCACCUUGCGAAUUAUUAAUGAAAGUGUCAUUUACUAUCAGUUAGAAUUAAAUGAAAUCGAGUGAUUACUUAUUCGUAUCAAAAACUUAUAAGUGCCAACAUAUUAUUUUUUCUUAUGUAAUCUUUUGUUAAUUGUUACUCGUAAAUGUUCAAUUUAGUAAUACAUAUUUACUACAAUAUCAUAUAAUUAAGUUGCUAUAAUUUCUCAUAUUGUUACCUCGGAUAUAGUUUAAUUAACAAACGAUAAAUGUGUUCAUUUAUUUGCGAAUUUUAUUGAAUUAGGUAAACUAUAUAAUUUUAACAUGCAUAAGAAAUUUGUAAACUGAACUGAAUUCGACGA